GCUUCCACGCGCCAGAGAACGGAGGAAGAGCGGCGCUUCAACAUGGCGGACCUCGAAGACGUUACGCUGGACGGGAGACCGCUUCAUUCCCUCCGAGUGGCGGAUUUGAAAGCAGCCUUGGAGGAGAGAGGGCUGUCGAAGAGCGGACAGAAGAAUGCCCUCAUCAAGCGGCUCAAAGGGGCUCUCAUGCUGGAGAACCUGCAGAGAACCUCGACCCAUCAUGUUGGUCUUCAGCCAAACUCGCAGAUUGGGGAGGAGAUGAGUCAGAACAGCUUCAUUAAACAGUACCUUGCAAAGCAACAGGAACUUCUGAGGCAGCGUCUGGAGAGAGAGGCACGCGAGGCGAUUGAAACCGAUGAGCAGAAAGACCAUACGGAGGCGAAUGAUAACACGUCUUCUGCACCAGAUGAGGAUUCUGCCCCUGCAUUAGUUGACCAGAAUAAACCUGUUGCCCCAGUUGGUGAGGGGCGUGGUGUCACAGUAAGGGACGGCAAUGCACAUCCAUCACCCUCAACACUUGGCCCACCGGGGUCCGUCAGGGUCAUGGGUGAGAGGCAUCCAACUUCAAGUCAUGUACCUGUUGAUAGUGAUGAGGAUAGCGAGGCUGGAGAAGAUGACAAUGAUGAGGAAGAAGAAUGGAGCGUGAGUGCCCAACAGAGUAACAGAGCAGAACUGCCAAGAAGGCAACCAACAAGAGAGAAGUCUGGGGGUUCUCGUCUGCAGCAGCCCCCACCACACAUUCCCGUGCAGCUCAGGCAGCCGACUCCUCCUCCCUCACCUCCCCCUGAGCUUUCCUUCCCUCUCCCAGACACCCCGAAACAGAGUCCUCCAAGUCCAGAUGAAAUGUCUUCUAGACAGCGCACGUCCAGCACAUCAGGCUCUGGAAGCUCUAGCAGCGGUAGUCGUAGCAGCAGCCCUGAACCAGCAAAUGAUUUUACUGAACGCAGGCCACGUCCACUCACCCUGCUCGCACAGAAAAUGGAGUCAGAGGGGGCUUUCUCUGGAGUAGGACGACGUAGUUGUGAGGAGGAAGACGACAGCACUGACGUUCCCUCCACAUUUCCAGAUGGAGGCCACCCAGAAGGAGAUUUAUCUGCCUUUACGCACAUGGCUAAUGUGUCCUAUCCUGGCUCAAUGAUGUCCAAACAAGGAGUCACUUUUCCUCAGAGCCAGGAUUCUGUAGGUCUUGUCAGGGAUGUUAGGAAACGUCGAGCCUUGGGACGUGAUAGGCAGCAAAGUGAAGAAGCUCUUAAGAGAGAGGCAGAAGAAAGAGAGAGAAUUGUGCAACAGGAAAGGGAAGAAAAGCAGCAAGCUUUGGAGAGACAGAGACUAGAGAGGGAACAAGCUCUGGAGAAGGAGAGACUGGAGAGGGAACAAGCUUUGGAGAGGGAAAGGCUGGAGAAGGAAAGGAAGGAGCGAGAAGAAGCUUUGGAGAGGGAGAGGCUGGAGAAGGAAAGGAAGGAGCGAGAAGCAGCUUUGGAGAGGGAGAGGUUGGAGAAGGAAAGGAAGGAGCGAGAAGCAGCUUUGGAGAGGGAGAGGCUGGAGAAGGAAAGGAAGGAGCGAGAAGAAGCUUUGGAGAGGGAAAGGCUGGAGAAGGAAAGGAAGGAGCGAGAAGAAGCUUUGGAGAGGGAGAGGCUGGAGAAGGAAAGGAAGGAGCGAGAAGCAGCUUUGGAGAGGGAGAGGUUGGAGAAGGAAAGGAAGGAGCGAGAAGCAGCUUUGGAGAGGGAGAGGCUGGAGAAGGAAAGGAAGGAGCGAGAAGAAGCUUUGGAGAGGGAGAGGCUGGAGAAGGAAAGGAAGGAGCGAGAAGAAGCUUUGGAGAGGGAGAGGCUGGAGAAGGAAAGGAAGGAGCGAGAAGAAGCUUUGGAGAGGGAGAGGCUGGAGAAGGAAAGGAAGGAGCGAGAAGAAGCUUUGGAGAGGGAGAGGCUGGAGAAGGAAAGGAAGGAGCGAGAAGAAGCUUUGGAGAGGGAGAGGCUGGAAAAGGAAAGGAAGGAGCGAGAAGCAGCUUUGGAGAGGGAGAGGCUGGAGAAGGAAAGGAAGGAGCGAGAAGAAGCUUUGGAGAGGGAGAGGCUGGAGAAGGAAAGGAAGGAGCGAGAAGAAGCUUUGGAGAGGGAAAGGCUGGAGAAGGAAAGGAAGGAGCGAGAAGAAGCUUUGGAGAGGGAGAGGCAGGAGAAGGAAAGGAAGCGAGAAGCAGCUUUGGAGAGGGAGAGGCAGGAGAAGGAAAGGAAGGAGCGAGAAGCAGCUUUGGAGAGGGAGAGGCUGGAGAAGGAAAGGAAGGAGCGAGAAGAAGCUUUGGAGAGGGAGAGGCUGGAGAAGGAAAGGAAGGAGCGAGAAGAAACUUUGGAGAGGGAGAGGCAGGAGAAGGAAAGGAAGGAGCGAGAAGAAGCUUUGGAGAGGGAGAGGCUGGAGAAGGAAAGGAAGGAGCGAGAAGAAGCUUUGGAGAGGGAGAGGCUGGAGAAGGAAAGGAAGGAGCGAGAAGAAGCUUUGGAGAGGGAGAGGCAGGAGAAGGAAAGGAGGGAGCGAGAAGAAGCUUUGGAGAGGGAGAGGCAGGAGAAGGAAAGGAAGGAGCGAGAAGAAGCUUUGGAGAGGGAGAGGCUGGAGAAGGAAAGGAAGAAGCGAGAAGAAGCUUUGGAGAGGGAGAGGCUGGAGAAGGAAAGGAAGGAGCGAGAAGAAGCUUUGGAGAGGGAGAGGCUGGAGAAGGAAAGGAAGGAGCGAGAAGAAGCUUUGGAGAGGGAGAAGCUGGAGAAGGAAAGGAAGGAGCGAGAAGAAGCUUUGGAGAGGGAGAAGCUGGAGAAGGAAAGGAAGGAGCGAGAAGAAGCUUUGGAGAGGGAGAGGCUGGAAAAGGAAAGGAAGGAGAGAGAGCAAGCUUUGGAGAAGGAGAGGCUGGAGAAGGAAAGGAAGGAGCGAGAAGAAGCUUUAGAGAGGGAUAGGCUGGAGAAGGAAAGACAGGAGAGAGAGCAAGCUUUGGAGAGGGAGAGGCUGGAGAAGGAAAGGAAGGAGCGAGAAGAAGCUUUGGAGAGGGAUAGGCUGGAGAAGGAAAGACAGGAGAGAGAACAAGCUUUGGAGAGGGAGGAGUUAUUGAAGAAGGAGAAAGGGAAGGAAACUGCAGCUUUGUCAGAGGAGCAGGAGAGCUUGAAGACUAUGCCGAGUGACGGGAAAGCAACGAGCGAGAAAGAAAGUGACAGCUGUGUUCCAUCCUUGAAGCAUGAUGGAGGACAAAUGGAAGGCGAAGAGACCCAAACUGGGGCCACAGAUCAGUCUGUGGAGCCUCAUUCACCUGCUGUUAAAACUCCCUCAUUUCCACAGUCCCCUUCCAAGAAGUUUCGUCUUCUCAGAGAUCCCGUGAAAGAUGCUUCGUCGCCACUAAAAAUGCCUCAUCCCCUCUCUGACAGUUCAGUGCCACAGUCUGCAUCUCUCAUCCGUUCUCCAAGCAAACCAAAAGAACUAGUUCAAAAUGAGGAGCAUGUAUUUCAAACGUCACCACAAUUAUCAAAGCAAGAUGUUUUUGUCUCAGCAUCUCAUCACCAAGACAAGAAAACCUCAGAGAUUGAUAUACCUGUGCGAAGAAAGUCUUCAGAAGAGGAUAAACACAUAAAUGUAGAACGUGAAACCACCCUGGUACCAUCCCCCUACAAGGCAGGCUGUGAAGGUUCACAGAAUGAAUCAAGCCAGAAGGCUGAGCAUGAGCUGUCCAAGGAAGCAAGUACUGUAAAGAAGACCUCUUCAUGCCCUCAUUCCUCACCAGGGCAGCAAGAGAGGGAAAGGAAGAAUGAAAAGAGAGGAAGACGGCGCUCGUCCACCAGUGACUCCUCUUCUGACUCGGACUCAGCAUCUUCAUCUUCAUCACGUUCCUCUGGUUGUUCAUCUUCCUCGCAGGAUAAAACGUGCUCCCCGUCAGGUGGUCUGAGGUCAGAAAAGACGAAGAGAGAUUCCUUGAUUCAGGAGAAAGAAAAUGUUGAUCAAAGUGUGAGUGUCACCAACAAACCAGUCACGCCACAAAACAGAAAAUAUGGCUCCACGCAGGAAAAAGAAGCGAACAGCGAGGACAUCAUUCCAAGCAAGAAGCCUCGCCUCAAGGUACUGGAUGAAAAGAAGGAAUUAAGUGAGAGAAAAGAAGACUCUGAAGAGGAGGAUGCUGCUAAAACAGAUGCUGAAAGCAGUAGUGUUGUGAAAGAGGCAGCGAUGGCAGAGCCUGAGAAGGUUCCCGAGGGCACUGAGGAGAGCACCACCCCAAAGGCGUUUUCAGCCCGUAGGAUCUCUUUGAGCAGCAGUAAACCUUCACCUGGCGCAGGGAGCUCCGAGGGGGAGACAGAGACUGCUGCUGGAACUGCCACAGUAGUAGGCAGGAAAAGGAGAUGGGGCUCAAGCACUACUGUCACUGCCAAGAAACCCUCCAUCAGCAUCACCACAGACUCUCUGAAAUCAUUGAUUCCAGAUAUCAGGUCAGGUCUGGCUCAAGAAGCUGUGCUGGAUCUGCACCCAGAGGAGAUGCAUCUUUCUGGGGAAGAGGACAGAGGAGAAAGAGGAGACCAGGAUCUGAAGAUCAGGCGAACUGUUACGCAGGUUGUACCUUCUGAGACUCAAGAGAAUGGACAGAAGGAAUCCAAACCCACUGAGCAUGAGGAGGAAGAGGAGGAUGGAGAAGGAAAAGAUGGCCUCUCGCUGGAAAACAAAUUGGAGGCUUCCAUGGAGACAGAGCCAUCUUUACCUCGGCAACAUGUGGAUAUAAAGACUGUAACUACCAGUGAGACCCUGUUUCGUCGCUCUAUCAGCCAGCAAAAAUCAGGCGUGAGCAUCACCAUUGAUGACCCAGUCCGUACUACUAAGCAGCCUUCUCCUCCCCGUGGCAAAGUCUCCAACAUUGUUCACGUCUGCAACCUGGUGAGACCGUUCACCCUGGGGCAGCUGAAGGAGCUGCUGAACCGCACAGGCACCAUAGUAGAAGAGGGCUUCUGGAUCGACAAAAUAAAAUCUCACUGCUAUGUCACAUACUCCAGUGCAGAAGAGGCACAGGCCACUCGUGCGGCCCUGCAUGGGGUGAAAUGGCCCCAGAGCAAUCCAAAGUUCCUCAGUGUAGACUUCUGCCAACAGGAUGAGUUGGACUUUCACAGAGGUCUGCAAACAGGAGAGCGGUCGGCAGAGGAGGAGAGAGGAGCCGUAGCUGGUCAUGGUCUCCGUCCUGCUGGCCCACCGCCUCUUCUCCACCAAGAGCGGGAACUGUGGGCUGAGCGCGAGCGAGAGAUGGAGAGGAGGGAGAGGGCUGGUGCCGAGCGAGAAUGGGAUCGAGAUAAGGUCCGGGAUUUCGGGAAACCUGGAGAUGAAGGGGGCGCCCGACGAUCCCGGUCCAGGGACAGAGAGAGGAAGCGCAAGGAGAGAGGAAAGAGUAAAGAAAAGAAGGCUGACAAGAAGGAGAAAGCACCAGAAGAGCCACCUGCAAAAUUGUUAGAUGACCUGUUUUGCAAAACCAAAACAACUCCUUGUAUUUACUGGCUCCCGCUCACGGAAGAACAGGCAGCACAAAGGGAAGCGGCACGAGCCGAGAGGAUGAGGGAGCGAGAGAAAAGGAGGAAGGAGCUCCAGCAGGAGGAGGAUAAGAAACGAGAGGAGGAGCGUAGGGACAGGUUAAAGAGUGGCAGUGGGGGAGGGGAGGGUGAGAGAGAGCGGGACAGGGACAGAGAGCGAGAAAGAGGCAGGGAUCGAGAGGGAGACAAACGGAGAGACGCGUAUCGCAGGCCUGGGGCAGGCGGUGCCGGCGGGAGCAGGCGGUCUCGCAGCCGUAGUGACCCCCCACCCAGAGACAAACGGCGCUGAUGUCCACACGGGGCAAUCUGGAGCUGACUGACCCGUACGCACUCUUCCUGUGCGUACUGUAAAAGCCUGAGGACAUCACUUUCUGUCUGUCUCCCACCAAACACAGUCAGGACUUUGUGUCUCCAUAUAGACAGCUGUCUUGGUGUCUUCUACCUGGGAACUGAGAUGACUCCAGUAUUUCCCUUUCAGUAUUAUGAGACUAUUGAUGUAAGUGGGGUUGCCAUGAAUUUCCUUCUUGUUUACUUCCCCAAACAUGUAGGGAACAGGGCUUUUAAACUACAUGACGUCACUGCUGGUGCUUUGACCGCAGUUGAAGGGCUCUCUGCCCAUAUGUGUCAGACCUUUUAGGUUCACAGUGCUUAUCUAGGAUCAAACUGCCGUUCAUACCUUCAAAUUACAGACUCAUGGACCGGAGGGAGCUGAUCCUGGAUUGCACACGUACUUUAAAGUUUGAUGCAUAAAACACUAUGCUUCAGUCUCUUUGUCCUUUCCAUUUGUUGAGAGGUUCUCCAUUCCCUCCUUCAGAGUAGACUAAAGAAUGAAGAUCAAGGAGAAGAGCGUCAUCCAGAUCUACUUCAUCUUCUGGAACAUUCCUGUCCCCUGUUCUUGGUCUCUGUGUUGUCUCAUGCCCCUUUGGCUAUCCUUUCACCAUUGUCCCAGCAUGGAGAAAGGGAUGGAUAUUUAGCCUCCUCACAUUUGAUUUUUUUAAG